CCAAACAAGAACAGUCCAUCCAAACAGACACACAUGCACCUAAUGGCCGGCAGGCAGAGUGGGUGCUGCUAAGGGCAACAAGUUGUGUGUGUGUUAUUAGGUGUCUGCAGUUCUAAUAAAGGAAAGCACAGCGUCCUUCACUGCCUCAUCAGAUGGCUUUGCUCUGCUUUGUCUGCCUGUCUGAUUGUCCGUGUGUCUGUCAGGUCCUCAGUGGAGCUGGAUGGCUCUCAGCCCCUGGAUCAUCUGGAGAAGAGCACGAUCAGGAAGGACUUUAUCUUUGUUUUUAAUUUUUGACUUUGGAGUGUGGUUGAGCGUGAGUUUACAGGAGAGAAAACUUCAGGAGAUGUUUGUGUGUUUAUUUGACCUGGUGUAAAUACAUUUAAGAGUGAGUGUGUGUGUGUGUGUGUGUGUGUGUAUGUGUGUGUAUGGUAUUGCCCAUGCUAUUGGAAAUGCUGGGGUGUCCAGCAAGGUUAUUUUUGGAUCAGUGACAGCGUGUCAAUGGCUGCAGAUGCGUCGCAAAGGAAGGCUCUGAGAUACCAACAGACCCUGCUGUACGGUGAGUACAGGGAGCAACUGGGAAACUUUGCCCGACGGGAAGCUGCCCGUUUGCUGACAGAGAGACAAUGGAGGAGACAGGCGGGGGAAAACACAAGCAGCUCUCGCAAAGGCCUCGGCCGGCGGCAUCAUCAUCAUCAUCACCACCACCAUCACCCUGUGACCUUGGAGUCUCAUCACAGCCACGCCUCCUCUACCCAGAAGCCUCGUUCCUACUCCAAAUGCCAAGAUUGUUUGGCUCGUGUGCGGCGGUACAUUGUGACCAAGUUGGGGGAGGACUGGAUUUUCCUGGUUCUUCUGGGACUGACUAUGGCUCUGGUCAGCUGGAGUAUGGACUACGCCAGCGCCAAGAGCCUGCAAGCCUAUAAGUGGAUACAUGGGGAGCUGAAGGGCAAUGUGGCGCUCCAGUACCUCGCCUGGGUUACCUAUCCUAUGAUCCUUGUCAUGUUCGCCUCACUCUUCUGUAACCUGGUUUCCCCACAGGCCAUCGGUUCUGGUAUUCCUGAGCUGAAAACCAUCCUGAGAGGUGUAGUACUGAAGGAGUAUCUGACCCUCAAAGCCUUUGUCGCUAAAGUCAUCGGGUUGACCGCCGGCCUGGGAAGUGGGAUGCCAGUGGGCAAGGAAGGUCCCUUUGUCCACAUCGCCAGUAUCUGUGCUGCAGUGCUCAGUCGAUUCAUGUCCAUCUUCUCUGGAGUCUAUGAGAACCCUUAUGGUUACACAGAUAUUCUGACUGUUGGCUGUGCCGUUGGGGUUGGAUGCUGUUUCGGCACUCCACUAGGAGGAGUGUUGUUCAGUAUUGAGGUCACGUCUACCUACUUUGCAGUGAGGAAUUACUGGCGGGGAUAUUUUGCCGCCACGUUCAGCGCCUUCAUAUUCAGGGUGCUCUCUGUUUGGAACAAGGAUGCUGUUACCAUCACAGCUCUCUUCAAAACUAACUUCCGGAUGGAUUUCCCCUUUGACCUGCAGGAACUACCUGCAUUUGCAAUAAUAGGGAUCUCGUGUGGAUUCCUUGGGGCGUUCUUCGUCUACCUGAACAGACAGGUGGUCCUCUUCAUGAGACGGCCAACAGCACUCACACGCUUCCUAACCAGACAUCGAUUGAUCUAUCCAGGUGCAGUGACGCUGAUCAUCGCCACUCUCACCUUCCCUCCUGGAUUUGGACAGUUUAUGGCUGGAGAGCUGAUGCCCAGGGAGUGUAUCAACUCCCUGUUUGAUAAUUUCACCUGGACCAAAAUCUCAGGAUCCCCCCUCCCGCCCGGCCUGGGUCGCUCUUCUGCAUGGCUUCAUCCUCACGUCAGCGUUUUCGUCGUCCUCGUCCUCUUCUGCAUCAUGAAGUUCUGGAUGUCAGCAGUUUCCACCACAAUGCCAAUCCCCUCUGGUGCCUUUAUGCCAGUGUUCAUAUUAGGGGCUGCAUUCGGUCGCCUUGUAGGGGAGAUCAUGGCCACUCUUUUCCCAAAUGGAAUCCUGUUUGAUGGGAUCGUUUACCGCAUCCUGCCGGGAGGUUACGCUGUUAUUGGUGCGGCGGCGAUGACAGGAGCCGUCACACACACCGUCUCCACAGCUGUAAUCUGCUUCGAGCUGACAGGUCAGAUCUCCCACAUCCUGCCCAUGAUGGUAGCGGUCAUCCUGGCAAACAUGGUGGCCCAGGGUCUUCAACCCUCUCUAUAUGACUCCAUCAUCCAGGUGAAGAAGCUUCCCUACCUGCCUGAGCUGGCCCUCGGGCACAUCAGCAAGUACAACAUCUUUGUGGAGGACAUCAUGGUGCGCAAAGUCAAGUUCCUGUCUUCUCAAUCCACCUUUCGUGAACUGAACUAUCUGUUAGAGAACUCAACCCUCAAAACCAUCCCUCUGGUCGACUCUAAAGAAUCCAUGAUUCUUCUAGGCUCCAUCGAGAGAACCGAGCUUCAAGCCGUGUUUGACUGGUGGCUCUCUCCAGAAAGGCGAGUCUUUGAAAGAGGUCAGAGCUCACCUGGCCAUGGCUCCAAAGUCAGCUGGGAGUCCUUCGCCUUUGUAGAUGAGGAGGGUGCAGAGGAGACUGCUCAGUUUGAGGAGGAAUGUAAUGGACCUGUGCCGUCUCCAAAACCUCAGGAGCUCUCCACCAACCACACAGACAAGCGCAGGCUGCCGUCUGUCAGGAGGACCCUUCAGAGACUCUUCUCCUCCACGUCUUCCUCAGGACAGACUGAAACUCAGGAGACCACAGCCCCUCCCCUCACUGACACCCUGUCUCCAGAGGAGAUCAAAGCCUGGGAGGAAGAAGAGCUCAAUAAACCAAUCGAUAUGGAGCAGAUACGUAUCGACCCCUCCCCAUUUCAGCUGGUGGAGAGAACGUCUCUGCACAAGACACACACCCUGUUCUCUCUGCUUGGGCUCAGUCAUGCCUACGUCACCAGUAUUGGAAAGCUGGUGGGCGUUGUGGCUCUGAAGGAGUUACAGAAAGCCAUAGAGGGCUCUACACGCAGUGGGGUGAGGCUCCGUCCCCCUCUGGCCAGCUUCAGAGAUGCCAGCAGGAAAUCCAAGAAACACCAGCCUCCCUCCUCCACCCCAUCCUCCCCCACUCGGGACAGAGCCCUGUGGGGGGAGGGGAGCAGGAGGGAGGGGGAUCCGGCCAGGAUGGAGUCCAAGGAGGAUUGCCAAAGGACAUCUCUGCCUUCCAGAGGAGCUCCCGGGAGUGACACUGCCCCUUCCUCCCCCAGCAGUUCCCCCACCUCAAGAGGAGCUGAGGCUGCUUCAGAGGAGCCGGCAUCCCCCUCCACCUCCUCCCCUACCUCACCUUCACCUCCCACCUCCCCUGUGUCACCCACCAGUCCUGUGCUCACACUAUCCUCCCUGCAGGAGGAGAGGGACAGCGAGGAGUCAGAUGAGCCUAUAUAGAGAGGAUUUAAGAUAACAGACUUCAAAUCUUUUGAUUUCACUCCUUUUCUCCCAGAGAUUAUGUCUGGGUGGAGGAGUCCAGCUCACCUGCUAGCCCCACAGACAUUCUGCUGUCAGCGGACGGGAUGAGCUGGUGCACACAAAACUCCUGAAACUUCUAGAACUGGAUUUUUUUUUUCUACUCUUACAACUAUCUCACUCUUCACUCUCAGAAUCUCAGGUGUCUCCCUGUGUCUUUUGAACUGCAGACUGACAAACAUAUCUCUGUCGGUCAAUGUCCAUCCAUAUCAUCUAGGUUGAAUGUAGCAGUCCAUCAUAUAUCGAUGUCUUUUUAUUUUAUUACGUGCCUUUGAUCAAAAAGGACCUGACAGCAAUGAAAUGUAUGAAAAUGAAAAAGAAAUUGAUGAAAACUUAAGUAAUUUGACCCAAGGGUCAAACAGAUCAUGCAUUUUAAGUUUACUGAUUGAAGUUAAUUUUAAAUUAUAACUUACACUUAUUGUAUAUUUGUUUUAUGGUAAAUACUCAAAUCAUUAUUACCAGUCUGUAAUUUUUAAAAUUAAUAAAUAUUUAAAUUGUCA